AUGGAAUGGAAUGAUACACUCAAGCGCAUGCAGGUCGAGGAUUCUGAGGAGUUCAAGUUAUUUGAGGCACUUGUCAAUGGGAAUGUCGCGGUUGACGAUGCAGUACAAUGGAUUAUAACCACGACGAUGGACAGACUGGAAAGCUACGCUCCAGGGGGAACUAUCGAGGAGGCGGACGCAAUAACAUUCAUAGCUAUCAUUGAGCUGGCCAUGCAAAUCGAGACUGAGUAUGGUCCAUUGAUUGAGUUCCUGAAAGAAUUGAAGCAGUACAAUGCCGUCGAUUCGUCGACCGGGUUGGUCCUAAAAACACAAGAUGGAAGCCGAGUAUGGUCGCAUCUACCAUCUCUGACUUUCUGGGUCCGCGAAAUAUGGAAUGACCACGAGUCCGGUCGCAUGACACACAUAUGUGAUCCGGAUAUGGAUCCCGACGAGCAAAUAAGAUGGGCAAAGCUCAAUAUCUUUAUCGCACAAGCGACGCAAGCUGCCGAGGUUGAAUACACUUCUCCGUUGCAGGUUUCGAUCAACGAUGCUAUGGAUUUAUCUCACAUGGGACUCUGUGGACUUCGCCAUGUGUUCGAAGAGGGCUUUCCUUCCGAAAAAGCCGCCUCUACGGCUGGCUUGAUCGGCGUAUGCUACUGGCUAAUAUGUGCCGGUGAUAGACUGUGGGAGAAUGUACUCAACGGUCGCAAAUACAACAAAUAUGAUGGCCGACCGGGAGAAAUGUAUUCAAAUCGCGGUUGGAAGGGCUUCGAACGCGAAAGAUGGGAUAUAUGGGUGCAAGGCCUUCGUGACGCGAAGGCUGCCUGCAUAUCUAGCCAGGAACCCGUGGAAGACUUGGUAGAUCGUGCGCUGUCCAACAUAGAGCGCGUAAUGAACAAUGAAAUACCCUCCAGCUAA